UCCGGUGACGGACGCACUUGCGCGCUGACGGAAGGCACAAUUCGUGGCACUGUGCUGAAGUGAAGAGAGAGCUGUGCUGUUCUAACGUCCCGUCCGUUAGUGUCCAGUCUGGCAGACUUUUUUUUUCAUUUUACAAACUACAAGUUUUAAUACUUCCGUGUUCAAAAUGGCUGACCAAGCGCAGACAAACAGCGAUGGAGAGGAGAGGAGCGUACCCAGAGGGUUUGCUCGACAAGGUGCGCUGAGACAGAAGAAUGUUCACGAAGUGAAGGACCAUAAGUUUAUUGCCCGUUUCUUCAAGCAGCCAACCUUCUGCAGCCACUGCACGGACUUCAUCUGGGGAUUCGGGAAACAGGGAUUCCAGUGUCAAGUGUGUUGCUUCGUGGUGCACAAACGCUGCCAUGAGUUCGUCACCUUCUCCUGCCCUGGCGCAGACAAGGGCCCUGCGUCAGAUGACCCACGCAGCAAGCACAAGUUCAAGGUGCACACAUACUCCAGUCCGACCUUCUGUGACCACUGUGGCUCCCUCCUGUAUGGCCUCCUCCAUCAGGGCAUGAGAUGUGAACACUGCUUCAUGAACAUCCAUAAGCGCUGUGUGCAGAAUGUUCCAAGCCUGUGUGGGACAGACCAUACCGAGCGGAGGGGCCGCAUUCAAAUCAAGGCAGAGAUCAAGAACAACGUGCUCACCGUCAGCAUCCUGGAGGCGAAGAACUUGGUGCCCAUGGACCCCAACGGACUGUCGGACCCCUACGUCAAGCUCAAACUCAUCCCUGACCCCAAGAGUGACACCAAACAGAAGACCAAGACCAUCAAGUGCUGCCUCAACCCCACGUUUAACGAGACCUUCACCUUCAAUCUGAAGGAGUCGGACAAGGACCGCCGUCUGUCUGUGGAGGUAUGGGACUGGGACCUGACCAGCCGCAACGACUUCAUGGGCUCUCUCUCCUUCGGCAUCUCUGAGCUGCAGAAACAAGGGGUGGAUGGCUGGUUUAAGAUGCUCAGUCAGGAGGAAGGCGAGUACUUUAACGUGCCAGUCCCACCAGAGGGCGAAGAGGGCAAUGAGGAACUCCGGGCGAAGUUUGAGAGGGCCAAAGUGGGACCAGGAACCAAGAAAGAAACCAACCCUAAUGCCAUCUCCAAAUUUGACAGCAAUGGCAACCGCGACCGCAUGAAGCUCUCCGAUUUCAACUUCCUCAUGGUGCUCGGCAAAGGCAGCUUUGGGAAGGUGAUGCUGGCAGAGCGUAAGGGCACAGAGGAGCUGUACGCCAUUAAGAUCCUGAAGAAAGACGUGGUGAUCCAGGACGAUGAUGUGGAGUGCACCAUGGUGGAGAAGAGGGUACUGGCUCUGGCAGGGAAGCCCCCCUUCCUCACCGCACUCCACUCCUGCUUCCAGACUAUGGACCGCCUCUACUUCGUCAUGGAGUACAUCAACGGAGGAGAUCUGAUGUAUCAAAUCCAGCAGGUCGGCAAGUUCAAGGAGCCCCACGCUGUCUUCUAUGCCGCUGAGAUUGCCAUCGGCCUCUUCUUCCUGCACUUGAAGGGCAUCAUUUACAGGGAUCUAAAGCUUGACAAUGUGAUGCUGGACUGUGAAGGCCACAUCAAGAUCGCCGACUUUGGGAUGUGCAAAGAGAACAUGUUGGAUGGUGUGACCACCAAGACCUUCUGCGGGACUCCAGACUAUAUCGCCCCAGAGAUCAUCGCCUACCAGCCUUACGGGAAGUCGGUGGACUGGUGGGCGUUUGGCGUGCUGCUGUACGAGAUGCUGGCUGGGCAGCCUCCGUUCGACGGCGAGGACGAGGAUGAGCUCUUCCAGUCCAUUAUGGAGCAACACGUGUCCUACCCCAAGUCCAUGUCCAAGGAAGCGGUGGCCAUCUGCAAAGGGCUGAUGACCAAACACCCCGGCAAGCGUCUGGGCUGCGGUCCUGAGGGAGAGAGGGACAUCCGUGAACACGCCUUCUUCCGCUACAUGGACUGGGAGAAGCUGGAGAACAAGGAGGUCCAGCCGCCAUUCAAACCCAAAUCUAAAAAUAGCCGGGACACCUGCAACUUUGACCGCGAGUUCACCAAGAUGCCCACGGAGCUGACGCCUACCGACAAGCUCUUCAUCAUGAACCUGGACCAGGACGAGUUCCUGGGCUUCUCCUACACCAACCCCGAGUACGAGGUCCAGGCCUAGAGGGACUCGCUCGCCGGACUCGCCCGAGACCUCAAGAAGCCUGACUGACUGACUGACUGUCCGUCUCUAUGUAUUUGUCUGCCUGUCACAACAAUCGGUCUGUCUGUUGAAGCUCGGGGGAGAGAGAGAGAGAGAGGGCGGGGGGGCAGUUGCCAACGGAAAAGUACCAGGAACACUGGUGGGACUCAGGGAUGGACCCAGUCAGAAUAUUGGGGGAGUUGGGGCUAUGAGUGAAGUCGUCUGACAGUAGACAGUAGCAGACAUUGUUAUUGGCGAGGCCUAGGUCUGUCUGGUUGCAGUAAAACCCUCCUCUUCUCUCUCCUCUCUGGUCAAGUAUGCUGGAGAUUGUCUCUGUUACCUAGUCCUGCUAAAUUGGAUGUGUCGUUGGUGUUAAUCCCGACAGGAAUUGCUGGCUCUGCGGCAAAUGAGGAACAAGCGUGACUAACCCCAAGUGAGCAAUUUGAAAAACAAAAAACAAUGCUGUCCUCAAUUAUUUAUUUGCAGUUCAUUAUUUUCCCCUCUGCUUGCUCUCCAUCUAAGCAGCCUGUGUAUUGAGCUAAUGCUUAAUUUACUGGAUCCAGCCUAUUAAACCAAAAUAUUAUUAUACAUGUCGUGUGACUUUGCAGGACACAGACACACAUCUCCAUACACACACACACUGCUUUUUAAAUCAGUAUUUCAGAAAAUGAAAUUAGAUGAAGACUGAGAAUCUUACCUAUAAUUUUAAGAGUAUUCUGUUGUUGUUGUAGCGUGAUCUGUAAGAUUAAAAUAGAUCAUAGUUCCUUAUAUUACUUUAGAUUUUGUAGUGAGAGGCACAUGUAGUGCAAGACUUCUUAAAGGGUUUGAAGCCCUGUCUGCCAUCUUAUACUGACUCUGUCUAAGCUCACAAAACAUGAUUUCAUGUCGCAUUGCCUAUAAAUCCAGGUCUUGGUUUUAAACAAAUAAGUCAAAAUAAUGUAUAUAUGUAUUGUACCUAUGCAAGAGGGAAAAUACAGUCUCUUCAAAUUACACACAUGAGCAAGAUUUCAAUAAUGGUGUGCUUUAUUUUUACUUUAUUUAAGUGAGUCAUAUGGAUGACUUUGCCAUUUUCUCAUCCCUUACAUUAAUACCUUAUAUAUGGACAGGAAACUAACUGCUGCGACAUUCCAGAAUGUUCUGUUUCACUCGACCAUACAUUGUUGUGCCAUAUGAGAACACGGUUCUCUGUGCUAAGAUGAGUCAUGGAUUUUUUUGUUUGUGUGUAUAUAUUUAAAUAUAAAUGUAAGCCACAUUCUAUGUUUGAGCUUCUUUCCUUUUCUUUUUUUAGUUGACAUGCAUUUUGUUUUUGAUGAGUACUGUUUUGUGGCAACUCUAUGCAUGGCUGUUUGAGUAUUUAGGCUGAUUUAUUCAUAUUUCCUGUGUUUUGUAAAUGUUAUUUGACAGUUAUUAUUUUUGCAUUUUUCUCAUGUAAAUAUGGUGAGAUACACAUGUAUAUUUGUUUAAACAUAUUCGAGAUAUGUAUGUGAGAUAUAUUGUGAAAAAUGCAAUGACUAUGGACCAGAGAUUAGAUGCAAAUAAAUCAAUGCCCCCAUAAA